UGACGAGAUAUGUAUUACGGGUGAAAGGUCAGAAAUUUAGCAAUGGCGGGGUAAUUUCCUGUUGGACGCGGAAAGUUGUAGCGAUCAGAAUUCUUCAAGAAAAAGGGCGGUCAAGGUCAAGAUAAGACGCCAUCCCGGACUUGGCUGCAACCAUGAACAUCGGAACUAGCAGCCUGCAUGACAAUGGCCUCCUGUAUGCUGGCUGGAACCAAGACCAAGGCUGUUUUGCCUGUGGAAUGGAGAAUGGGUUCCGUAUCUAUAACUGUGACCCACUGAAAGAAAAAGAAAGACACGACUUCCCAGAUGGAGGCAUCAGUCAUGUGGAGAUGCUGUUCAGGUGUAACUACCUGGCCCUGGUCGGGGGAGGAAAGAGCCCAAAGUUUCCUCCCAACAAAGUUAUGAUCUGGGAUGACCUGAAGAAGAAGCAUGUUAUUGAGUUAGACUUCUCAUCAGAUGUCAAAGCUGUCAAGUUGAGAAGAGACAGGAUUGUGGUUGUGUUGGACAACAUGAUCAAAGUGUACACCUUCACACAGAAUCCACAACAGUUACAUGUAUUUGAGACAUGUAAGAAUUCCAAAGGACUGUGUGUCCUCUGUCCAAACAGCAACAACUCCCUCCUGGCCUUCCCUGCCAGACGGACGGGUCAUGUUCAGGUCGUUGACCUUGCUAACACGGAGAAGGCACCGGCGGACAUCGCGGCACACGAGGGUGCGCUGACCUGUAUCACUAUGAACUUACAAGGCACAAGGCUCGCCACUGCCUCAGAAAAGGGAACACUGAUCCGUGUGUUUGACACAGCGUCGUACCAGCUGCUUCAUGAGUUAAGGAGAGGCACAGGAAGUGCUCAGAUAUACUGCAUGAACUUCAACCAGGAUGCAUCUCUGUUGUGUGUGUCGAGUGACCACGGUACAGUUCACAUAUUUGCUGUCGAAGAUCCCAAGAAAAACAAGCAGUCCAGUCUGGCAGCUGCCAGCUUUCUGCCCAAGUACUUCUCCUCCAAGUGGAGUUUCUCGCGCUUCCAAGUCCCCAACCAGACCCAGUGCAUCUGUGCCUUUGGUUCGGAGCCCAACUCUGUUAUAGCUAUCUGUUCAGACGGAAGCUACUACAAGUUCCUUUUCAACCCCAAGGGAGAAUGUACGCGGGACGUGUAUGCACAGUUCCUGGAAAUGACGGAUGACAAGACGUAAAACCUGCUGCAGCUACAUGAUGUACACUGUAGUUACUUUGCAAAACUGUUUUCACAGCUCGCUUGCUGGUGCAUUCCUAGUGAUUUACCGAAGAUGUGAUUUCAAAGCUGUAAGAAAGAAUGGCAGAAUUGCAUUUAUACUUUCCACUAGACAGCGAUCUGUGACCAAAAUUGGAUUUGUGUGCUCCUUGAUUUCUAGCCAGUGUUUACACAAUCUCUCGCUAGCUAGGGUGGCAACUGUAAGGUCGGCCACUAGGAGCAUGAUUUUAGUCAGGCUACUUGAGUUUAUGAUUGGAAUACAAUGUAAGCUGUAAAGGUAUGACUUAAAAAACAAACACAAAAUUUGUUAAGAGAUCUGUAAAAUCAUUGGCACUCAUUGGUCACAGCAGUCUCCAGUAGAAAGGAGAUGUAAAGAAGCUUCUAGCACUUUUUGGGCAAGUGAAGAUAGUUUGUCUCCUGGCCAUACUCUUUAAGGGAAAUGGGACCUGCUUUUUACAUCAUAUAACAGAAAUUGUUUUUGUUGAUACCAUAGUAUUCAACUAAAUGUGGAAAUAUAGUCAUUUCUAAAAUAAUUCAUUUGAUUUGAAGACUUUUCUGACACCUGGCGCCAAUUUUGGUGCGUUGAAUGAGUUUACAGCUUACGUCCACUGUUGACAGGCCAAAUAUAGAAAGGCAAUUAAUUUUGGACUGAAGUGUACCACAGUAUUAUUUUAUGUAUCCUCCUCCAAUUAAUGAUAAAUAUGAGGAUUAUGAUGCUUAUUGUUAGUUUUAAUCAUUAUAUUUUGGAAAGUUAUUGCUUCUAUAUUUGAAGAAAAUAUCAAAAAUGUAUAAUAUCUGCUCCUGUACAUCUAAACAAUGAUGCAUGGGGAAAAUUCAACAUGGGAAAAGAUAAUCUGUACUUUGCUUUGCUUUAAAGGUAAGCUGAUUGAGCCAAACUGUUCUAAGUAGCAUAUUUGUAUUACCUAAAAUGUAUAUAUACAUGUAACAAAUCUCAAAUUGCCUUGCUUAAUGUUCCUUAUGCACGUCAAUGCUCGGUAACAAGCACUGCCGACAACUUCAUGUACAAGUCUUGUUACAAUUUCUUUUAUUAGAUGAAGAGUCUCGUAGCAAUUCUUCAGAGACUGUCCUAAUUGUGACAAUUAAAGGAACACUUUUCACAAAUCU